GCAACAAUUUCUAUAAUAUGUGCAGAGUGGUACAUACAGAUUCAUAAGAUUAGUAAAUACGAAACAGAAAAGAUGUAAUUCAUUCUGUACUUUAUUUUGAAGUAUUUUUAUUUUCUCAAACGCGUGACACUUCUUUUUUAAAUGUUAUAUAUAUGUAACAACGUGCGAAUAACAAUAUGAAGAUAAGCGUUGAUGGAUUGAUUGUAUAUUUUCCUUAUGAUUUUAUUUAUCCAGAGCAAUAUGCAUACAUGCUUGAGCUCAAGCGUGGCUUGGAUGCUAAGGGACACUGUCUAUUGGAGAUGCCUUCAGGCACUGGCAAAACAAUAACAUUGUUAUCUCUCAUUGUAGCAUAUAUGUUGGAGCAUCCAUUGGAUGUUACAAAAUUGAUUUAUUGUUCUCGAACAGUACCAGAGAUAGAGAAAGUUAUAGAGGAACUGAAAAAACUUAUAGACUAUUAUGAAAAAGAAACCAAAAGCAAGCCAAAAAUUGUUGGUUUAGUUCUUAGCUCUCGUAAGAAUAUGUGUAUUCAUCCCGAGGUUAGUAGAGAGCGAGAUGGUAAAAUUGUAGAUGGUCGUUGCCACUCUCUUACUGCAUCAUAUGUACGAGAAAGACAUAAUUAUGAUGAAUCUACACCAAUUUGUAAUUUUUACGAAGGAUUUGACAUAGAAGGCAAAGAGCAAAUUAUUCCUCCUGGUAUUUAUUCCAUUGAUGAUUUGAAAGAUUAUGGAAAAGAACGUAAUUGGUGCCCAUAUUUCCUUGCGAGAUUUACAAUUUUACAUGCACAGAUUGUAGUUUACAGUUACCAUUAUUUAUUGGAUCCAAAGAUUGCUGAAACUGUAUCCAAAGAACUCAACAAAAGUUCGGUAGUUAUCUUUGAUGAGGCUCAUAACAUUGAUAAUGUUUGCAUCGAUUCUAUGAGUGUGAAAAUAAAUAGAAAACUAAUGGAAAAAAGUUCGACUAACAUACAACUCUUAGAGAAAACUGUAGCUGAAAUGAGAGAAGAUGAUGUAAAUAAAUUGAAAGAAGAAUACAAUAGACUAGUUGAGGGAUUAAAAGAUGCUCAAUUACAGAGAGAAACCGAUAUCAUUUUAGCAAAUCCUAUCUUACCAGAUGAAGUACUCGAAGAAGUUGUUCCGGGUAACAUAAGAAACGCCGAGCAUUUUGUCAGCUUCCUGAAACGAUUCGUCGAGUACUUGAAAACUCGCUUACGUGUCCAACAUGUCGUGCAAGAGUCACCCGCGGCAUUUCUAAGGGACAUCCAAGCAAAAGUCGCUAUUGAACGGAAGCCAUUGCGAUUUUGCGCCCAAAGAUUAGCAUCUCUUUUACGCACAAUGGAAAUAACAGAUCUAACGGACUUUUCUCCAAUAAUAUUGGUGACCCACCUUGCGACAUUAGUCUCCACGUACACGCACGGUUUCACGAUUAUAGUAGAACCAUUCGACGACAAAACACCGACGGUUUUGAAUCCAGUUUUACAUUUUAGCUGUCUAGAUUCUUCUAUUGCUGUCAAGCCUAUAUUUGAUAGAUUUCAAUCUGUGAUAAUUACUUCUGGGACUCUCUCUCCAUUGGAUAUGUAUCCAAAAAUCUUAAACUUUCAUCCAGUCAUAAUGUCGUCAUUUACAAUGACAUUGGCCAGACCGUGUCUUUUACCUAUGAUCGUUGGCAAAGGUAAUGAUCAAGUAGCCAUUUCAUCCAAAUACGAGACACGAGAAGAUGUAGCAGUUAUAAGAAAUUAUGGCCAACUGUUGGUCGAAUUUGCUGCAACAGUACCCGACGGCUUAGUAUGUUUCUUCACAUCAUAUUUAUACAUGGAAUCUGUGGUAGCUGCUUGGUAUGAUCAAGGAGUUGUGGAUCAACUUCAGAGGCACAAAUUACUCUUUAUUGAAACUCAAGAUUCGGCGGAGACUAGUUUAGCUUUGAUAAAUUACAUAAAGGCUUGUGAAAAUGGUAGAGGGGCCGUUUUACUCUCUGUGGCUCGCGGAAAAGUAUCUGAAGGCGUCGAUUUCGACCAUCAUUUGGGCAGAGCUGUGCUAAUGUUUGGUAUACCUUACGUGUAUACACAAUCACGAAUCUUAAAGGCACGUUUAGAAUAUCUCAGGGAUCAGUUUCAAAUUCGAGAAAACGAUUUCUUAACUUUCGACGCCAUGAGACAUGCCGCUCAGUGCGUAGGACGUGCAAUUAGAGGUAAAACCGACUACGGUAUAAUGGUGUUUGCAGAUAAGAGAUUUUCGAGAAUAGAUAAACGGAGUAAAUUACCAAAAUGGAUACAAGAACAUUUAAAUGACAGUUUAUGCAACUUAUCUACCGAGGAAGCCAUACAGAUCAGUAAAAGAUGGUUACGACAAAUGGCACAGCCAUUUACACGUGAAAAUCAACUUGGUUUGUCAUUACUGACAAGAGAACAACUUGAAAAAGAGGAGGCUGGCAAAAUUGAACAAAAAGCACAGCAAAAAUGAUAGUGUGACACUAGGCCGAAUAGUCCAGUUUACUUAGGCAAAAUAAUCUGCACCAUUUACAGAAAAUAUAUUUCAUGCUGUUUGGUUGUACAAAUGCCUAAUUAUAAUUUGUACUUUUGACCAGAAUUGUAUUCUAAGUAAAAUGUAAGAUAUAAGUAUACACUUUUCUAAGAUUAACAGUA